AAAUGAUCAGCCCAUCCUGAAGGUCAUUCAAACAUGACAAGUUAAUCAUUUAAGUGAUACUUUUCAGUCCAAACUGUGCAGAAAUGAGAAAUUCAAAGACGGCGAGUUGCGCAAAUCAAAUAAAAGAUAAGGUCUGACUCCGGGUAGCACUCGAGGUUUGCUAAAUUUAUCGGAUGAUGCAGUUACAUAACUGCAAGGAUCAACCCACCUUCAGCCAUCAUAUAAACAGCUGUGUCUGUUUCCAGAGCUUUGCAUUGCACACCGCUUCCUACUGUCUGCCACCACAGCUCAGGACCAUGCAGUUCACCGCGACCGAACUUAACCGCAACAGUCUGAUCCUGACUCUGACACGAUACAGCUCGGCCGUCAGUGACAUGGAGAGAACCAUUCUGCUACCCAGCCUUCUGAGAGAUGUGCCCUCUGACUGCGAAGCAGCCAAAGAGACCUGCAGAGAUCUGUACGCCAACUACCUAAUGCUCAAGGCUGUCCGGAACACGGUGGAGAACAGCCUGGUUCUGCUAGACGAUCACAAAGCCAAGAACAUGGCACUCGCCAAGAGCCCAGAUUCGGUAGCAGACGCUGAUCCUGAGGCAGUGUUUCUCUUCCAUCUGAGAGGAAUGUUUUCUGUGAUGAGUGAACUCACCAAAAAGACCAAGAGCCUGACUGAGAAAUACUUGGACAUUAUUGGAGUUGCAGAUUAACGCUGAAACAAAAAAACGUUGUGUUAUUAAAGUGUCAUCCAGUGACCCCGAGAUACUUUUGGACAUGGAAUAAAUGUGCUUUGCCAAAACUUA